UACGAAUUCUAUCGAAUUUUAAGCUUCUUAUUGCCUUUUUUGUUGGCUCGACUUUGAUCACGAGUAUAUGUCUCUAAGAUGAAGCUUAUCCAGUCCUCUUUCGCAGGGCUUCUGACUGGGCUUCCUUGUGCCUUGUCCCUUUCGCUCGACGCCCUAAACUGCCCCUUGACUUUUGACGGUCGAAUUCCCCAGAAUUUCACCGGAGACACAUUCGAAACUGUGAAGAGUCCUUUCAAUCCCAAAUAUGUUCUAGGACAGAACCAGACAUGGAGGGAAGUGAUAUCAUUUCCAGACGUGGAGCCAUCAAUCUUUGACCAAGUAGCUGGAACAAAACCCAUUGAGGUUGAGAUAACUGACCGGUCCGUUUUCGCAUCGUCCUCCGAAGGCCGUGAGACCGCACUCCGUCGAGCGGAACUACUCGUCAAUGGAAAAAAUCAGACUGUCUCUGGCAAAGUCACUUGGCUUUUCUCUAUGCGUACUUCACUGUAUGCCCUUAAUUUCUCGCACGAGUAUCUUCUCGCAUUCCAUGAAGCCCAGGACUUCCAGGCAGACUUCUGGUCUCUCAAGGUCGGACUACCCAUGCAGGAAACUCUUCGCGGACCGAAUGGCACAGGCGGAGAGUCAAUGUUGAAGACUGGCAGUGUCAUCUAUCUUCGAGGCUGGAAAUGGGCCAAGAAAGUCCAAACAUACUUCAUGGCGCCCUUCACUUCAGACAUCUGGCAUAACUUCGGGUUGUACCUUGACUUUGACGACAACCAGAUGCAAAUAGCUUAUUCAACCGGAAACCAUGGGUUGAAAAUAGUGACGCCCUUGUUAGCAAACAACAUAUCUGGAAAAGCUCCUACUAGCCUGGGCGAGACACACUGGGGCUUGCAGAAGAGGCCGGUUGGUGCGAAUAUCAACAACUUCCUUUUCGAGGGCGUACAGCCCCACGGUAUUCGGGAACGACUGGCCAUUGGGGGGAUUUUACAGGUGCGCGGAGGCUUGGGGGAUUGUUCUGAGAUUCAGCCCGUUUAA